AUGAGAAAAGAUCGUCUUUUCCAGGGCCUAGGCGAGCAAUUGGGAGAAAUCACCCUCAACGCCAUCCGUCCGGCGGAGAGAGAAGCCGUCACGAAAGCCGGCCUGCAAGUGCUAACGUCGUACAAUCUACUUUGGAAAGGAUCGACGGUGGUGCCUGGGUUCCCGCCCAUCUGGCACCCCGCCAAUGCGCCCAAAAAGGUCAAGCCCGAUAGAGGCACAUACCUAAUGGACCCGGCACGGCAUUGGUAUCCUAAGUUUCCUCUGGAGCCGCUGUUCCGGGCAUUGCGGAUCACGAAGCCGGAGAUGAAAUUGAACAAUGUCGAUCUGAUCACGGACCGACGUAAUCUCCGCCAGUUGCUGGACUUUGUGGGUGGCAGAACGCAGAGGCCCUUUCGCAUCGGGGUAGGAGUUUUCAAAAACACAAUAUUGUUCUCCUGUGCAUCGGACCGAAGGGCAAUGAUACGCGCUCGCAAUUUCCAAGGACAUGGCUAUGAGUUUGAAAAGGUGUAUACCCGCCGACCGUCACUCCUCAAUCAUAGCCAUACUCACCAUCGGGUUAUUAGCUACACGAUAGGGGAUGUCAGGACCAUCCUCCGAUACGAGGCCGAUGGCUGCACUGCCUCUGGGAAAGGCCUUUCUCGACAAUCGGUUCUAUCCUCUAGUGGAAAGUCUUCGACGGGUACCCAAAUCCGCAAAUGGGGGGCGUUGGUCGACCCAUCACAAAUUGUUGAGAUAAAAACGGGGCCCAUCAGAAGGAGGCUGAACGGCACGAAGACUCUAGAACAGCUUUGGCUUGCUGACACGCCCAUUCUUUGUUCCGGAAGAUACGAUGAGUCCGGCUUGUUUACCGAUGUCACUGAAGAGAACUGUUUAGAGUCGGGAAAGCUCAGCGAGUGGGAGAAAGGCCACCAGAACAAAUUGCAGAAGCUUGCCGCGUUACUUCGACUCAUUGUGAAUACGGCGCAUUCAGCAUUAUGGGAUGAGUGCGCGCUAGUUGCAUCGGAAGGGAGAUUAAAAAUCUUCGAUCUGGCCGACCAGAGUGAGACAGCACUCCCUAUCGACUUAAGGUCUAUGUGGGGGUAG